AUGUCUGAUAAGAAUGAUUGUGACAUAACCGUGGUGUUAGGAGUGUUGGUGGUGUUCACGCUACCGCUGACGCUUCUGGUGCCAGGGUUCUCUCUGUGGGAUGUUGUUCCCAAGGUGCGGAUCUCGCGCCUGCACAUCGUCAGCCAGGACCUCACUUGGCCCCAGUUGAACGCUGCUAUUGUUUCGCUGCUGACGCUGUUUUUCUGCCUAUACCUGGAAAUUCGGAAGCGAAAGUUAGACGACAUGGUAGAAAAGGUCCUGUCGGUGAGCCAAGCAACGGACGUCACUAUGGAAGUGGAACGCGAGCGGCAAGCUGCAGCGGUUCGGGUGUGUGUCGAACUCUUAGAUGCGUCCGCGGAACAUUACGAAAACCUUGUAUUACUGCGGGACGAACUUCGCAAGCGCGAGAAGAUGAAGCGACAGUUUCCACCAGCCAUCGAGCCCAGCUCCACAAUGUGAACCUUACCAAUGUUAUUCAGGAAUACCGGCGACGCCGCCUUUAUAAAUUACUGGAAGCAGUAUUGAACAACAUGUGAAAAGUAAAUCAUUAAAAAUUCAAAAUAAACUUGUCAGUGUAUUGAGGAGUAAU